UAUGUGAAUUAAUGGCCAAUGUAGCCUCUAGUAAUUUUGUUAUGAUCUAAAUACAACAAACUAGCAGGAACAAGAACGAGGUAAAUGUUAUUAAAGAUCAUAGAGUAAAAAGUUCUAGAAUAAGUUCUUAAGAAGCUUUAUUCAGGAGAUGCAAUGUUAGCAUCUGCCUUUUAGCGCCACUUGUCACCACAUAUUGUGCUAACGCAUACUAUUUCCAGAAUGUGUUAUUUGAAGCCAUAUUAGGACAUUUAUGUUGGUUUUUUCAAGGUGGUAUAGGUUGAUAUAGCUCCAUAUAGUUACGAAUGUUUGAUAACUUGUCCUACUUUUAGUCUAGGAUUUGGUUGACCCUAAGCCAGUGUUUCUAAAAUAGCCAGGUGCUAUAAAGCGACAAGGUACCCUAUUGCCUGAGCCGAUCUCCUGAGCAAAAAAAAAUUCUUACCUUACAAAAAAUUAGAAAAAAUGAUUAAGGAUAAAGAUAAUCAUCUAAACAAGAACUUCAAUCAAAACAUGAAUUUUUUCAUUAUAUCAAAACAAGAACUUGAUGUUGUCAGAAAAGUUCUAAAACAUGCAAAUGAUUUGAAUUUUUUUGGAUCCUUUAAAUAAUUUUAGACUCUUUAUUAAUAUUUCUUGAUAAUUCCUAUUAUUCUUGUACAUCCAAUGUAAUUUUUCAUUUUAAUUUGAUUGAUUAAUGUCAAGAGAGAGGAGAGAAGAGGGGGAAGAGAGAUGAAGACAAUGGAGGACUAAGGGGAGAGGAAAAAAGAGGUAGGGGAGGACAGUGGUGAUGACGACUGUCGUUGGCUGCGGAUAAGGGAGAGAGAAGAUAAUAGAAAGGGAAACAAUAGUCAUUGCGGCCUUAGAGAGGAAAGAAGUGAUGAGGAAAGGUAAGAGAGGUUCAGAGCGAUUGAGAUGUGGUAAGGCACAAAGUAGCGGGGGAGAGAAGAACGAAGAGAGAUGAGAAGGUGGUGAUUUGUGAAGAGAGGGCAGAAAUAAGGAAGAAAGAAGGAAGUGGGAAAGAAAAUGAGAGCUAAAAGAGAGAUGAGAAAAGAAGAAUAGGUGCCAGGUGUACUCGAGAGGGUCAGAGCCCAUCAAGGUGCUCGGGCAAGGUGAGUCUUGAGUCUAUUGGAUUGCAUAGUUUGAAUCAGGUCAGGGGGUUUGGGUUGUGUGCUAGUCCAGAUGAGCACCUGGGACAUCAAAUGCCUCAGUUGAGGUGCUUGUCUAGACGACACUCAGUUGAAGGAGACUAGUCUAGGCCCCCCCAUUGAGGCACUUGAGUCUUGCCUCAUCUUUUCCAUAUGCCUCCUGAUAUCAUUGGUCUAAAGUAUACGUAUGUGAGAAAAGUGUAUGGAUUCGAAUUUUUUUUUAUUGCUUUGGAUGACCACAAGGCUAAGUUAGCUAUUUAUAUAGUUUUUCUUGUGACUUGCAUAUAGUGUUUUGUUGACAUUCUGUCCCAAUGCAGAAACGAGGUCAUCAGAACAGAGACAUCUCUGGAUGCCUCCAUACUUUGGUUCACAUCAACAUAUUGGUUGACAUAUUGAAUAAUGUUAAAUAAAUUUGAUUGAUUAAUUUGAUUAUUUUUGUCUAGUGAAUGAAACCCUUGAGAAGUUAAAAACGAUCUGGGGAGUGAUGUUGAUUGAUCUUAGUUUUCUUUUUCAAAUUUUCUAUAUGUUUUCACACUGUCAUGAUAAUUCUUUGAUGAUUUGAAUUUUGAAUAAUGGUUUUGAAGUCACACUUUAAGCAGAAUUGAUGAUUACAAGUUGUGGAUAAGUUUGGGUUGGAAUUACUAUCAAGUCACAGGGAGUCAAUCUUUUGUAAUCACAUGAACAUACUUUAGUAUAAGCACUAGUUUCAAUUAUUUAGUCUUUGUGCAUGGAGGUCAUCAUUUACAGAAAAUUCAACUGUUUCUGUAGCUUCCUUCUAAUUCAUAUUUUCUUGAUUUCUAACCUUGUUUUAAUCCCUUGGUUAUCAUUUCAGCCUGUUUUUUGGAUUGUCAUUGUUUUUUUUAAUUGUUCACGUUUUAUAUUGCUGCAUUAUGCAUUAUCAUUGAUCAAAAUCAGAUUUAGGCUGCCUUUAGUCACCACACAAUCCCCUGUGUUAUCUAGCAGAGGAUUUACUUUGAAGAAAGAUAUUGUCUCCUCCUCUUUCUAUUCAGAUUUUUUUUGGCUAUAUUUUCGUUCUUAGUCAAUUGGCAACCAAUUGUAACAUCAACAAAGAAGAGAAGAACAAGAAUUUUCAAUUCUUUUUUGCAUUCUUGGGAAUCAGGAUUUAUCUGCAUUACAAAGACUAAGACCAAAAUUCAAGGCAUUGCAGUGACUAUUAAUCACUAGGUUGUGAAUAUUCAUAGCAGAAAUGUAUUGAUACAUAGUAGGUGUAAUAUAGAGUUCGGUUUCUUUACAAUCUAGAUUGAGUCAUGUAAAGUUGAUAAUCAGAUUUUCUCUUUCCUUCAAUUGUAUAUAUUUUUAAUAUUAAGCCUUGUUCCAUCAAAUUUCUUUUCCAAAAUUCUUAGGUAUGUGAGUUAAUUGUUCUCUAUAUAUGUGGGGUCACAAUUAUAAAGUAUCAAGUUUAUACAUGGAUACUUUUUAAUUCAUAGAGGGUCUUAGGUGCUGGCUGAUCCAUUUAUGUUAUCUCCAUCUUUAUGUUUUCUCCAGUUUAUGACAUUUUAUUUACCCCUAUCACUAAUCUAACUGCUUAUGUUUAGUUCCUAAUCUAUCUUUUGGGUUAUACUUUUGUGUUUGAUUUGUCUGCUUUAAGUUACUGUUCUGUGUGUUAAGCAUCUUAUCAAUAACUCUUCCACCCUGUACUUACUUUCUUGGUACUAGAUUAUGUGAUUCAUGUUCAUGUAUAAAUUAAUCACUUUCGCUUUAUUUGCAUGGGCCAGAUGGUAAUUAAUUUAUGCAAGCCAACUUAUGAGAAUGUAUCAUUUUGUUCUACUUUUUUCUUUUCCUUUUUGGUCUCUGUUCCUUCUUUUUUCAGGUGGGAAAAGGAAAAAGGUUGGAUCUUGGUUUGGAGUUUGUAGAGUUGAAAAUUAAAUAUAACUUUUGAUAUAGAAGAUAAGCAUUUCAAAGUUGUAAAGAUUCAUUUGAUGCAGCUUCCGUACUUUCUAGACCCUGCAGUUUAGUUAUCGAACCCUUCUCUUUUAUGUAUUUAUACUUUUGUCUUUUCUUUAUGUUGCCACAGGUAAAGAUCUGGGAAGAUCGCAAAGCGAUAGCCCUUGCCACAUUGAGACCACACGAUGGUCAACCUGUUAAUUCAGUUGCAUUCAUGACAUCCCCUCAUCAACCCGAUCACAUCAAUCUUAUCACUGCGGGCCCUUUGAACCGAGAAGUGAAAAUAUGGACUUCUUCUAAUGAAGAAGGUUGGCUCUUGCCUAGUGAUUCUGAAUCUUGGCGCUGCACUCAGACCUUGGACUUGAAAAGUUCCUCAGAACCUCAUCUUGAAGAGGCAUUUUUCAAUCAAAUUGUAGUCUUACCUCAAGCAAAUCUUAUAGUUAUUGCAAAUGCUAAGAAGAAUGCGAUAUAUGCUGUGCAUGUAGACUAUGGCACAUGUCCGGCUUCCACACGCAUGGACUAUGUAGCAGAUUUUACAGUUGCAAUGCCGAUUUUGAGUCUUACUGGUACAAAUGAUUUCUUGCCUGAUGGGGGACAAUCGGUUCAGAUAUAUUGUGUCCAGACACAGGCAAUUCAGCAGUAUGCAUUGGAUCUGACCCAGUGUUUACCACCACCAACUGAUAAUGCUGGUUUGGCCAAAGAUCCUCUAUCUCGUGUCCUGGGGACACCCAGCCCGGAAGCAUCAUCUGUGUUAGAGUCAUCUUGUGGACCUUCUGUCGGUGAUCCUUCAGUAAGUGCUUCACCACAAAUUCAUACAGUGAGCAGCAGUGACUGUGCAAUUCCAUAUCCGACAAGCUUAGCUUCUUGUGAGGUCAUGGAUGUAUGUGAACCACCCAUGUCAAAACCUGAAUCUAAGCCCAGUGCUCCAUUUUCUGAGAAAGACACUGAUGCUCAAGAUGUUUCUUCUUUUCCUGCAAAUCCAGACCUCCUUGCUGGAAGAGUACCCAGUCUGAAUAGCCCCCAUAAAGGUUCUGAUCAUGGAUCAUCAAUUGGUGAUCAUGUUGUGGACCAGUCGGUUUUUGAUCAUUCAGUUGACAGUACACCUGAUGUUCCUUCUAUAAAUGAGAACUUGAAAAAAGAUGAUUCCAAAACUGAACAAGAUGAUCCUUCUAUGGUGCCAAAUCGUCGUUUACUCUUUAAGCUUGGUGGAAACACAACACACCUGAUUACUCCAUCAGAAAUCCUUUCAGGUGCUAUAAGUUCUUCAGAAAGUAGCCAUGUCAAUCAAGGUCCAGUGGUUGAAGGAGUCAAGGUCCAAGAUGUGAUCAUAGAUAACAAUAUGGCGAGUCAUGAGGUGGAAGUAAAAGUUGUCAGGGAAGGCCAAUCAGGUGAGGCAGAGGGCAAUGGUUUUCAGAAAGUGCCUCAAGUUGUUAUUAUUGAAGAUUAUGAAAGAUCCUCCCAGACUUUAGAAGCAAAAUUUGAGGCCAACAAUGAGUGUUCUACUGUGAUAGAAACUUGCCAGGGUGGUCACACUGCUGAGACAUUGGAUCAGCCACCCAGUAUCCUCGAGGAAGAAGUUGAAUACAACAAAAAGGAUAUGCCUGAAAAGGAAUCUGCUAUUACACCCCAAAAUCUCUCAGCUACUAAAGGGAAGAAGCAAAAAUCAAAACAAUACCAGACAACUGGUGUUUCACCCCCUUCAUCAAGCCCUUUCAACUCUACUGAUUCUCUGAAUGAACCAGGGAGAUACUCCAGUACUCCAACUGAUGCUACCAUCCCUCAGAUUCUUGCACUACAGGAAACACUGAACCAGAUUAUGAACAUGCAAAAGGAAAUGCAGAAGCAAAUGAGUAUAAUGGUGGCCGCUCCUGUUAUGAAAGAAGGCAAACGAGUGGAAGCAGCAUUAGGUCGUUGCAUGGAAAAAGCUGUCAGGGCAAAUUCAGAUGCUCUAUGGGCUCGUUUUCAAGAAGAACAUGCAAAAUGUGAGCGGGUUGGGAAGGACCAGAUGCAGCAGAUGGCAAAUUUAAUCACCAAUAUCGUCAACAAGGAUUUGCCUGCCAUAUCAGAGAGGAUAUUAAAGAAGGAAAUUUCUGCAGUCGGGCCUACUGUAGUGCGGGCAAUUACACCAGUUAUUUCUUCAGCUAUCACCGAGUCAUUUCAGAGGGGAGUUGGUGAUAAGGCAGUGAAUCAUUUAGAGAGGUCUGUUUCUUCAAAGCUUGAAGCUACAGUAUCAAGGCAAAUUCAAACACAGCUCCAAACCUCUGGAAAGCAAGUUCUUCAGGAUGCUUUAAGGUCUUGUGUGGAGUCCUCAGUGGUUCCUGCAUUUGAGCAGUCUUGUAAAGCAAUGUUUGAGCAAAUAGACAGUGUCUUCCAGAAAGGAAUGAAUGAACAUACUGCUGCUUCUCAGCAGCAGCUUGAGGCCGCACAUACUCCCUUGGCACUUACUUUGAGGGAUACCAUCAAUUCUUCUUUGUCAAUCACCCAAAAUCUCACUACUGAAUUGGUUGAUGGCCAGCGGAAACUGCUAGCUCUUGUUGCUUCAGGAAACACAAAAACGACUAGUCCCACUACUAUCCAGCAGACUAAUGGUCCCCUGCCAGGUCUUCCUGAGAUGCAGGCCUUGUCCGUGCAGCAGGUUGAGGCACCUCUGGAUCCCAAAAAGGAACUCUCAAGAUUGACAUCCGAACACAAGUAUGAAGAAGCUUUCACGAUGGCUCUUCAAAGAAGUGAUGUAUCAAUUGUGUCUUGGCUCUGUACACAGGUUGAUCUGCACGCCAUAUGUUACACCGUGCCACUUCCCCUGAGUCAAGGAGUUCUUUUGGCUCUUCUGCAGCAGCUAGCAUGUGACAUCAGCAUCGAGACACCAAGGAAAUUGGGUUGGAUGACCGAUGUGGCUGUAGUGAUCAACCCAGCAGAUCCAACAAUCACAUCUUACGUUCGGCCAAUCUUUGAGCAGGUUUACAGUAUACUAGUCCACCAAAGAUCACUUCCCAGUGCCACUGCUUCUGAAGCAACUAACAUGCGUUUGGUUAUGCACGUUAUAAAUUCUGUACUCAUGAGCUGCAAAUGAUCUCCACCUGAGUCAACACCCAUUGGAUCUGUUGAUGUGUAGUAGUACCUUAGUAACUGAUUUAACAUUAGAGGCUGUAUAAAGAAGUGAACAAGGAAAAGAAAAAGAGAGACUGGUUAUUGCAUUUAAGGUGUUUUUUUUUUCUUUUGUAUGUACAUUAGAAGGUGGUGUUGGAAACUGGCCAAUUUGGUUCAUGUGGCAUUUUUUCUA